AUGCCUCCAGCAUCUCCGCCACCAUACCUGGUGGACAAUACCACCAAAGUGGCAUCCUCGUUGGAGCCCAUCGACGAGCCCAAUAAAUUACAGGGAUAUGCAUCCGCUCCGGGUAUAAUUGACGAGGUCACACGCGUAACAGACCAUAAAGCUGAGCGACGCCUCUGUCGGCGAUUCGAUAUUCGCUUGUUGCCGAUUCUAGCAAUCAUGUAUCUUUUCAAUGCUCUUGAUAAAGGAAACUUGGGUAAUGCAAAGACCGAUGGGAUGACUGAUGACCUUCAUUUUAAGCCAAACCAGUACAACCUUCUAUUAUCUAUCUUCUUCGUUCCAUUUGUGAUCUUUGCGCCGCCUUUUUCGAUGCUCGGGAAGAAGUAUAGCCCCGCUCGAGUCCUACCAAUCCUAAUGUUUUUCUUUGGCUGCUUUACCUUACUCUCAUCGGCGGCUCACAAUUUCGGGGGGAUAUUUGCCUUGCGUUGGUUCUUGGGCAUGUCGGAGGCAGCGUUUUUCCCGCUAGUCAUAUACUAUUUGACGACGUUCUAUCGCCGUGGAGAAUUAGCCCGUCGUCUCGCCAUCUUCUACGCAGCCUCCAAUAUUGCCAAUGCCUUCUCAGGUUUGAUCGCCUUUGGAGUAUUUCAGAUCCAAGGGUCCAGUAUUCCCAACUGGCGAUAUUUAUUUAUCGUUGAAGGUGGAGUGACUGUAUUGUUCGCAAUUUUCGCUUUUUUCUACCUUCCCAGGAGCGCUGCUGAAGCCAGCUUCCUUUCCGAAGAAGAAAAGGCCCUGGCUUUCCAUCGCAUUCAGGUUGAUUCCAGUGCUAUUGUCAACGAGAAGUUCAACCUCCGUGAGGCGCUUGGCAUUUUCAAGCAUCCUACCACCUAUGCUUUUCUAUGCAUUGAAAUUUGCCUGGGAGUCCCGUUACAAGGAGUUGCUCUUUUCAUGCCGCAAAUUGUGGCACGUUUGGGUUACCCAACUGUCAAGACCAAUUUAUACACUGUGGCACCCAACGUGACAGGUGCUGCAAUGCUCCUUGUGUUGGCAUUUCUGUCCGACUAUACUCGUUUGCGAUCGCCAUUCAUCGUGCUCGGCUUCUUGUUCACCUUUGCCGGGUUUAUGAUCUAUGCAUCAAUUGAUGACGUCAAGCAUGAACUGCAGCUGGCUUACUUUGCUACAUUCAUGAUGACCUGGGGUACAUCAGCUCCUUCUGUCAUGCUAAGUACCUGGUACAAUAACAACAUCGCCCAUGAAGGACGUCGUGUUCUUCUCACGAGUAUCGGUGUGCCAUUGGCCAAUCUAAUGGGCCUAGUCGGGAGCAACGUGUUUCGCGAUCAGGAUGCCCCCAAGUAUAUGCCGGCUUUGAUUACUGUCUCUGCUUUUGGGGCUACUGGUGCCUGUUUGGCGGGUCUUCUGGCAUUGUAUAUGUGGUUAGACAACAAACGGCGAGACCGGCGCGAUGGAGUAACAGUUCACGCAAAGGAUAUUCCAACUGACCGAAUGCGAGAUGGACCAUCAUCGCCGGAGUUCCGCUGGUUUCUGUAA